UCUUUCGUUGGUAACAAUGAUGCCUAACCUGUCAGAAGUAAAGUAGCAGAUUGGAAUUGUAGUGAGUUUUGGGUACAUAGAUACAACAUUUUAGGUUCGCGGUUUUACUGUGCUUGUCAUCGUAUAGAGCACAGAAGUAACAAGCAGAUGCAGUGUAAAUUUCUUGUCAAAGCGUAUGUAGAACAAAGUAUCGGUGAUUGUUAAAAGUAGCCACCACGUUUUCACGAGAACUCCCUUGUCCAACUCUGCCUGUUAUGCGGUGGUGAACGUCGACAGUGUUAUAACACGAAGAUUUGCGAUGUUCUGAAGUUUCCUGACGAAAAAUUCGAGCUACUGCUAACGAUGUGCAUCCUGAUGUAACUACAUCGAAAUUAUAGUAGACAAUAGUAACAGUGACGCUCACUCGACAAGCGUAUAAAAAUAGGAUGUCAGGGCAUAGAGGCGGAGGAGGAGCUGGGAGCCAUCAAGGAGGCCCAGCAGGUCUUAAACAAAUAGAUUUAGAUCAAAUUUGGGGAGAUCUUCGUGAGGGUAUUGAACAAGUUUACAACAGGCAAUGUAUGUCUAAACCAAGAUAUAUAGAAUUGUACACACAUGUAUAUAAUUAUUGCACAAGUGUUCAUCAACAAUUAACUAGAACAUCGACCAAAAGUAAGAAAGGACAAAUUUCUCAAGGAGGUGCACAGUUAGUUGGUUUGGAGUUAUAUAAACGUUUACGUGACUUUCUUAGAAAUUACCUUAUAAGUUUAUUAAAGCAUGGAAUUGACUUGAUGGAUGAAGAUGUAUUACAGUUCUAUACAAGACAAUGGGAAGAAUAUCAAUUUAGUAGUAAAGUAUUGAAUGGUGUAUGUUCAUAUCUAAAUCGACAUUGGGUACGUAGAGAAUGUGAAGAAGGUCGUAAAGGAAUCUACGAAGUAUAUCAAUCAGCUUUGGUUACAUGGCGUGAUAACUUAUUCAAGCAUUUAAAUAGACAAGUUACUAAUGCAGUACUUAAAUUAAUUGAGAGAGAACGCAAUGGUGAAACAAUAAAUACACGUUUAGUCAGUGGCGUAAUCAAUUGUUAUGUAGAAUUAGGUAUGAAUGAAGAAGAUCCUGGUGCUAAAGGACAGAAUCUUACUGUUUACAGUAAUUCUUUUGAAAAUGUCUUCCUUGAAGAUACAGAAAGGUUUUACACUCGUGAAAGUUCUGAGUUCCUCCGACAAAAUCCAGUUACAGAAUACAUGAAAAAGGCAGAACAAAGAUUAUUAGAAGAACAAAAACGAGUUCAAGUAUAUUUGCAUCAAACAACCCAUGAUAAAUUAGCAAAAACAUGUGAGAGAGUGUUAAUUGAGAAACAUUUAGAUAUUUUUCAUUCUGAAUUUCAAAAUCUCUUGGAUGCUGAUAAGAACAUAGACUUAGGUCGAAUGUAUCAAUUAGUAGCAAGGAUUCCAAAUGGACUUGGCGAAUUAAGGAAUCUUUUAGAAGGUCAUAUAGCUAAUCAAGGACUUGGAGCUAUUGAUAAAUGUGGUGAUUCUGCAGCCAAUGAUCCAAAGGUUUAUGUAAACACAAUUCUGGAGGUUCAUAAGAAAUAUAAUGCUUUAGUACUUGUUGCAUUUAAUAAUGAUAGUGGUUUUGUGGCAGCUCUUGAUAAGGCUUGUGGAAGAUUUAUUAACAGUAAUUCAGUAACUAGAGCAGCAAAUAGCAGCAGUAAAUCACCAGAAUUAUUAGCAAAAUACUGUGACCUGUUAUUAAAAAAAAGUAGUAAAAAUCCUGAAGAAGCUGAACUUGAAGAUACAUUGAAUCAAGUUAUGGUGGUAUUUAAAUAUAUAGAAGACAAAGAUGUGUUUCAAAAGUUUUAUAGUAAAAUGCUGGCAAAAAGAUUAGUACAACAUAUGUCUGCCAGUGAUGAUGCAGAAGCUUCUAUGAUUUCUAAAUUGAAACAAGCUUGUGGUUUUGAAUACACCUCAAAAUUGCAACGAAUGUUUCAGGAUAUUGGUGUAUCUAAGGACUUAAAUGAACAAUUUAGAAGGCAUUUGACAAAUUCUGCUGAACCAUUGGAUAUAGAUUUCAAUAUACAAGUCCUGUCUUCUGGCUCCUGGCCAUUUCAACAGUCUUUUACGUUUUCAUUGCCAACAGAGCUAGAAAGAUCUGUACAUAGGUUCACUACCUUCUAUAGUUCACAACAUAGUGGAAGAAAGUUGAAUUGGUUGUACAAUAUGUCUAAAGGAGAAUUACAUACAAAUUGUUUUAAAAAUAGAUACACAUUACAAGCAUCCACAUUUCAAAUGGCUGUUUUAUUACAAUAUAAUGGAUCCACAGUGUGGACGAUUCAACAAUUACAUGAUGCUACACAAAUAAAAAUGGAUUUUUUGCUUCAGGUUAUUCAAAUACUCUUGAAAGCUAAGCUAUUAACGGCAGCUACUGAUGACGAAGCUGAAUUGACGCCACUGUCAACAGUGGAACUAUUUACAGGAUAUAAAAACAAGAAACUGAGAGUAAAUAUUAAUAUACCAAUGAAAACGGAAUUAAAGAUUGAACAAGAAACAACACAAAAAAAUAUAGAAGAAGAUAGAAAGCUCUUAAUUCAGGCAGCUAUUGUUAGGAUUAUGAAAAUGAGAAAAGUAUUGAAACAUCAGCAAUUGGUAGCUGAAGUAUUGAAUCAAUUAAGCUCUAGGUUCAAACCAAGAGUACAUGUCAUUAAGAAAUGUAUAGAUAUUUUAAUUGAAAAAGAAUAUCUGGAGCGCACAGAGGGCCAAAAGGACACUUAUAGCUACCUGGCAUGAUCAAGUUGAUCCAAGACAACGAUAUGGCAGCAACAAUACAUGCAAAUGAAAGAUGACUAUUCAAUGUCAUUUCUAGAUAUUGUCACAAUAUUUAUUUAAGUCUCGAAUUUGAAUCUCAUACAUUCUCCUUGUACAUGGAUGCCCUUGUACCAUGUUGUCCCUCUGGUCGCAUUUAGAGUCUGGUUUUUAUAAUAUGUUAAUAAAAUCAUUUCAUAGUCAAGCUGCUAGAUGUAUUACUGUCUACGCCGUCUUUGACAUAAAUUCAAAUGUUGCUGGUUUUUGAUAUCAUAUUACCGUAUUAUGAAAUGAAAAAUGCACGAAUCUUUUAUGUUAAUAAGAAAUAGUAAAAAAUAUGUUUUCAAAAUUAUAAAUUCGUAAAAUCAAUCAAAAAAGUGAAAGAGAGAAAAGAGCGAAUAAAAUUUAGAGUUAAGCGUGAUAAGAGUGAAAUAAAUAAAACAAAUGUUUUAAAUAAAUUUAACAUAUAUUGUAAAACAUUUAUUAAUGAACAAGGAUGAAAGGCUGGGCAUGCACUAUUUUUUUUUUUCUUUUUCUUUCAAAUAGCAUAAAGUGCAUUAAUAUAAUUUUAUGAGAUUAUAAAAUAAGAAAGAAAUGUAUUUCAUUAAUUAUUUGUAUUAUAAUAUAAUAUGAAAAACAAGAAUUUAAAUACAUAGAUAGUAAUACAUUUUAAUGCAACAUUUAGAGAAGUUUAAUUAUUAAUCACGUGUACAACAGAAAAAAUUUUAUACCAGUGAAUAAAAAAGUCUGCCCUAAUAAUAUAAAGUUCAUUGUUUUCGUGAGUUACACUCUCACAUUUACAUAAGUUUUUAUUAUGAUUCAAAGAAAUAAAGAAAUUAUAUAAUUAUUUUCACAGUUAAUUUAUAAUAAAAAUAAUAUGAAAUAAUAUUUUAUUUAAAAAUAUUCAAAUCAGAAAUGUACGUUGUGUAUAUUAUUACAUCUACAUAUAAAAAAUUUAUUUCUUGUAUAUUUUUUCUCAGCGACGAAUGUAUCAAAAUCUUAUGGUAUGAUUUAUUUACAUACUUUAUUGAAAAUCAUAUGUUUUAGAAACUAUAAUAAAUUCAAUAUUAAAAGUGCAAUAUAAAAUGCGAAAAUGAUAUAGUAUAAUUUUAAAUGUAAACAAAUAAUGACUUAAAUAAGAAAAUUGUUAAUGUAUCGAUGCUUUUAAUUUUAAUAAGAAUAGCAGAUUUUGAUGUAUACAUGUAUGUGAGGUUGAGUUGUAAAACACAAUAUGUAAAAGAGUUAUAAAAUUAGAAUUUUAAACGGAACGUUAUCGUAAUUAUAAAAAAAGCAAAUAGCAUCAAAAAGGGAACAGGGAGUUAUAAUAAAAUAUUU